AUGGCCAUGAAAGCUGCGUGCGCGGCCGAGGUCCAUAAGGCACUGGCCACAAGUAGCCCCUCGAAGGCUGGAGUGCUACACGAGCACGGAGAGAGUGACGGUCUCGCUGUUCCUAGAAAUCUCGCACCGUCGGUGGUAAGCUCAUGUUUUUCUACUGAUAUCAACGCCAACAGUAGCGUCGGUGUGGUUGUUCAACGCAAGACUCGACGAGAGAAGGAAGCCAUUCGAAAGCGGAUUUACCACCAGAGACUCAAGGACGAACGCGAGACACUGCGGCAAACCGUUGAAGACCUAAAGCUGAAGCUUGAAGAACUAAAGCAAGGCAAACAGACGACCAGUCUGGGCCCUUUCGACUCUGUUUGGAGAGAUUUGGCCAUGGAAGAGCGUGAAAAGCUGCUACAAUCUGAAGCUGAGCAACGACAACUAAUUGAUGCAGCUGAAGCGAAGGCCUUCUGCAUAAUGGAGCUGUGUAAGCAGAGCAAUAUCCAUGAGGAUAUGGUAGAGAUAACGAGUGCUUUGGACAAGCUGUUACUUGAAGACACACUCGCUGGCGUAGACAUGUCACACGUUAAUUGA